AUGGAAGUUUUUAGAAUGCAAUUGGUUGUUCGAGGAUAUCAAGGAAUUUGGUUGGAUCCUCUGUUGAACAGAUUCUCAAUUAAUUCUUUGAAUGGUGGAGAGUUGGGAAGUGUUGUGCUUCCGAAUUAUGUAGAUACGCAAAAUCUUGAGUUUAAUGUUGUUGAUGAUAUAUUGACAGUUAUUGGUUAUUAUCGAAUGAACCAAUAA